GAAUAUGAAAACACAUCAUGGAAUUUUUUAACCUGUACGAGUAAGGUCUUUUCAUAUUUACCAUUUUAUUUUUAUUAAUUAUUUUUAUUUAAUUUAUUUUUUGAAAGAGGACACCCCUAUGGAAAAUUUCUGGGUCCGCCACUGAUGACAAGAGAAGCUAGCUACUGCAUUUAUGCUAGAGACAUGUCAUGCUUGGGAGCUUCUCAAUUAUCAUCAUGUCUCCAAUCCCAUCUGUGAAAGAAGAAGAAGAAGAAGGCAAGAGUUGAUACAUGGGCCAUGAUAGGUUAAUGCAUGUCGUGGAAGUUGAUUGGAAGAAGAGAAAGCAAAAUAAUGUUUAUCCAAUUAAUUAAGGGUUUCACUUCUUUAUAUAUAUGUAUCUGUGUAUGGGAGUUGUCAGAGGGUGGAAAGAAAGAUCAAAGAAAAAGAAAAGAAAGAAAGGCACAAGUGUGCCGAGUGUAUGCAUCUCUAUGCAAUUAAAACAAUAGCCAAAAGUAUAAGGCAUUGUUUGGUUGAGUGUGUUUUCUAAAUUGAGUGAUUAAACACCAUACGUUUCCUUUGUGUUGAUCCUAAAUCAUACCACAUUUCCGCUAAUUCCCAACAAAUUUGGUAUCAGAGCUAAUACCCUUCAUUCCUCUCAAAAAUCCUCAAAUUUCUAGCCUACACAACUUUCUCAAAAAUCCAUGGCAACAACUUCCUCAAACACCAUGUUUGCUACCUCUUCUAAUCAAAUUCUCAUUUUCGAUGGAGAAUUGUACGAGUACUGGAGUGCCCAAAUGGAGCCAAUUUUCAUCUCUCAAGAUCUGUGGGAUAUCGUCCAAGAAGGAUAUGAAGAUCCACAAGACGAGGAUGAAGACUCGAAGAAACGAGCAGGCAAGCAGACAAAGGAGUACAAGGAGAAUGCCAAGCAAAAUGUCAGCGCCUUGAGAAUCAUUCAACAAGCAGUGAGCAAAUCAAUUUACACUAGAAUCUAUGGCAUAAAAAAGGCCAAAGAAGCUUGGGAUAUCUUGCGUGAACAAUUCCAAGGUUCUGAAAAGACGAUCUCCAUCAGGCGACAAAGUUUAUGGCGCCAGUUCGACAACUUAAUGAUGAAGGAAACCUACACCAUCAAAGACUUUCAUUCGCAUGUUGCGGAGACAGUAAAUCAGAUCAAAGCCACUGGUGACGUCAUGGAAGAGAGGAAGGUCGUGGGGAGAAUUCUCCGGAGCUUAUCAUCAAAGUUCGAGCAUAUUGUUGUUGUCAUUGAAGAAACCAAAGAUUUGGCAAAUUUAUCAAUGAGCGAGUUGAUGGGCUCACUUGUAGCACACGAGCAAAGAAUGAGCCGUUUCACUAAACCGGCAAUGGAGAAAGCUUUCUCGUCAAAAGUCAACAUGGCGGAAAGUAAAUAUGCCAAAUCGGAGCAAGGCCAGAGAGGGGGAAACUCACAAGGAAGAGGAAGGUCCAAAUACAGAGGAAACAACCGACACAAUUAUCAACAACAAAAAUCGGGCUACACCGGCUUGAGUUGCAUAAUUUGCUAAACGGCGGGUCAUGCAACAAAAGACUGUAGAUUCAAGUGCACUAAGUGCAGAAUUCAAAACCACUCCCAGAGAGAUUGCUGGUUCCAGAACAAGCAAGAAGAAGGCGAGUCAAGCGACACCAAAAAUGAAGAAAGCAAUAUGGUGCCUUAUCAUGUUUGAAUGGUGAGCCAAAAUUACAGCUUCCCUGGAUGGUGGAUAGUGGUUGUAGUAACCAAAUGACUGGGGAUCUGGAGUCCUUCGCCGAAAUUGAUGACCAAUACCGCUCUCAAGUCAAAUUGGGAGACGGAAAGAAGCUAAAAGUGGAAGGAAAAGGCACAGUUGUUGUAUGCACAGAAGAAAGCAACAAAACUCUCAUUCGAGA